AUGUCUGCCGCCACUGUGUUGGAAUGCAAAAAGCUUUGCCUGUAUCGUUGCCUUACGGCAGUUGCCCUUAGCAUUAUGAUGCAGUUUUUCCUGCUCACCGUUUUCUUGCUGUUUGUUAACUUCCAUAUAUUCCAUCUGUUGAAUUGGAUUACUGAGACAUUUAGUUUAAUGUUUUCCUUUUACACAUGGCUAUCAAUUAUGCCACUAAUAUCGGCUGUUAUCAUAUAUGGCAUAUUGUUGGGUAAAUCCCAUCUGGCUGUUAAACAAUAUUAUGGAACACGCUUCAAGUGGAUACUGGGGACUGUGGUGCGUAAGAGUCUCUUUUUAAUGAUACACAUUGCGGUGGGUUUCCUAACUGCAUGGCUCUAUGCACGCUACUUACAUGUGGAUUAUAGAUCCUUGGUGUACCAGUGUUAUGGCAUGGAUUGCAUUAAUUCCUAUUAUCUCUUCCUCGUCGGUUCUGGCAUCUCAGCUGGCUGUUAUUAUUUCUUUAAGGAGAAUUUACGCCAUGAACCCGAGGUGGAAUAUCCCAUAAUACAAGAAAAGAAACUUGUCAAACUGCGAUCUCUCCUCUACUCCACCCUGUACAAAUCGCUGAUGAAAUCAUUUGUACCCUCAAUGUUUUAUGCUUUUGCAUUUUGGAUAUUCGGCGACAUAAUCAAUGCUCGUUUUGCGCGAUUCUUUGAUUUGGAAGUUGAUACAAGUCUAUCGUCGUUCUUUUCGGUGCUAACAAAUUUGCGGAUAUUAUUCUAUUCGUGGAUUUUACAAUCACAAAUUUUAAGUAACAUGAAUUUAAUGCAGAAGUUCUUUUCAAUUCUAUUAGCCGAAGAAAUGCAAUUUGUUAUCGAGAAAAAUCCCGUUGUGACAGAGGGUCAAAAAGAAGUCACCCUCGUUGAGGCUUUAACAAUGACCCAGGUGCCAAUUGUACAAACUUUAGCCGCAUUGGAUCUUUUCAAUAUGACCGGAACCUCAGCGGCGAAUAGGCGUAAGGAGAUCUACGCUCUAUCGAUACCGGGUGGUCACCCUUAUAAUUGGAAUCAAUUGUCUUCACAAUGUCUGGCGAUAAUCAAUGCAUUUAUUGAGGAUCUCACAACAUCGGUUAAGAAUAUUUCAACAAUGAAAUCCGCACCGCUAUUCUGUCAAACUGAUAAACCAACAGCCACAGAGGCGGCAGAGAAGAUUCUCCUGCGUCAAUACAAUGAAACCUAUGGCAUUCGCAGAAUGGUCUCUGAACCACCAACGACAAAUAUUGGUUCAUCCUCAACAACCGCAGGUGGUGCCAAAUCAUCUAGCACCCCGACUGCUGUUCAGCGUAUCAAUGAACAAUUUGAACACAUUUCCAAACAAAUUGAACAAGCCCUCAAUACAGCCUUCCACACAAUCCCCGGAGUAUUUUAUAUGUUUGGAGAACCCGAUGGAGCUCGCACAGCUUUCCUCCUAUCCAAUUCACAAAUUAUUGUUUGGUUGACACAAGGCUUAGCCGGAAUUUGUGCCGAGUCUUUGGUUGAAGAUAAAUAUGGUGUUGUUCAAGUUGCCCUACCACAAAUUAUACGUACCCUCUUAAAACUGAAAGGUGAAUUGGAUAAAUUAAAUAAUGUCAAUUUAAAUGGCAAAAAAUUGGAUCGUAAUCUAAUCACCUUGAAAAAUUCCGUUAGACGUAGUCUCUACAAAAUUGUCUCAGUUUUUGGAGACUAUUUGCGGGAUCUGUUCGAUGACCCAAUGGAAAUUAGAAGUCUGCAGUGUUUUGUUAACUAUCAGGAAGUUUAA